GUCUGGUGCAGUCAUGCAGUCCCUGACUGCAGAGAUCCAGAGUUUCUCUCGGACGCGGCUGAGGAAGCAGUGCACCCGCGUGACGUCACUGAGCGGCCGACGCAUCAUCGAGACCUGGAAGGGUUCUACCAUCACUGUGGUGGAAGACCCUGUCCCCCCGGAGAAGAUCCUGGGAUACGUCCCCGACACUUCCUGGGACCUGCAGGUCGGCAUCGUCAAGCCCUACCUGCUGCUGGGUUCUCAAGAUGCUGCACAUGACUUUGGCACUCUGAAAAAACACAAGGUGUCUCACAUCCUGAACGUGGCCUUCGGGGUGGAGAACGUGUUCCCUGACCUGUUCAUCUAUAAGACCGUCAGCAUUCUGGAUCAUCCCGACGCGGACCUGCUGCUUCACAUCCAGGACUGCUGUGACUUCAUCCAGCAGGCUCGCAACGAGAAAGGCGUGGUGUUGGUCCACUGUAACGCCGGCGUGUCCCGGGCGCCGGCCGUGGUCAUUGGCUACCUGAUGUCAUGCGAAGGCCAGACGUUCGCCGCCGCCCUCUCAUUGGUCAAAUCAGUUCGGGGCGCCUCGUCUCCCAAUCCCGGCUUCCUGGAACAACUGCGGAGCUACAAAACGAUCAACAGUUCCAAACACUGAGGCAGCAUCAGAAGUGCUCGGGGCGGUCAGACAAUUUAAGAAUCUAAAAUAGUUUUAUUUAAAUGAGAGAGGUUUAAAAAUAAGUCAUAUUUAAGAUUUUUACAGACCUUGUUUUUUUUCAACUCUUGUUAAAUUAUCCCGAAUAAUCAGACCAGAUGAUUCGACAAGUUAAUAUAAAAUACUGUACACGACUUAAACCUAAAAUAGUCUUUAGUUUUGAGACAAAAAGACAUUAUUGUCUUGCCUGCGUGUUAUUAUUGACGAUGUCUUCUUCGUGUUGUUCUGCUGUUGAUCUCUGUGUUUUGUUAAAUUAGAUUUAGUCUCUGGGGGGGGGUCCCUCAUCUGCAUUUGAACCCAUUCCCUUACUGUUGUAGAGCCACAAACUCCAGCAUGUUUAAUUUCUAAACAUAAAAAUGAAUAAAAACUUCAAUGACAGAAGCAGAAACGUUUGCAGCUCACU